AUGGAACAUGAUUCCUGCAAAUUUGUGCAAAAAUGCCGUCAAUGCCAGAUCCGCGGAGACUUGAUCAAGGUCCCUUCGACAGAACUACAUGCAAUGAGCUCACCCUGGCCAUUCAUGGCAUGGAGAAUGGACUUCAUCGAGCCCAUUGAGCCAUCAGCUUCCAAUGGACAUCGCUUCAUCUUGGUUGCCAUCGAUUACUUCACCAAUUGGGUGGAAGCAACUUCCCACAAGUCAGUAACCAAGAAAGUCGUGGCUGAUUUCGUUAAGAACAAUCUCAUAUGCCGCUUCGGUGUGCCCGAGGCCAUCAUCACGGACAACAGAGCCAAUUUAAAUAGCCAUCUGAUGAAAGACAUCUGUGAGAUAUUCAAGAUAACUCACAAGAACUCUACUGCUUACCGACCACAAAUGAACGGUGUUGUAGAGGCUGCCAACAAGAACAUCAAGAGGAUCUUACGAAAGAUGAUCGACAAUUAUAAGAAUUGGCAUGAGCAGUUGUCGUAUGCUUUGUUGGGGUACAAAAUGACAACCCGAACGUCUACCGGGGCAGCUCCAUAUCUCUUUGUCUGCAGCACAGAAGCAGUCAUACCCAUGAAAAUGGAAAUCCCAUCAUUAAGGAUCAUCCAAGAAGCUGAGAUGAACGAUGCAGAAUGGGUCAAAAACCGCUAUGAGCAACUGGCCAUGAUCGAUGAGAAAAGAAUUAUAGCAGUGUGCCACGGGCAACUAUAUAGACAAAGGAUAUCUCGAGCUUUCAACAAGCGGGUUAGAGCCCGGCUUUUCCAAAUCAAAUAG